AUGUUGUGGUUACCGCGAUAUUUUGUUUUAUUAUUUUGUUUUAUUCCUACUAUUUAUAUUAAUUGUAUGGUUAAUAAUAAUAAUGUGGAUACCUUUUCUGAUGAUGAUGAUGCUCAAAUUAUAAGAGAUAAAUUUGAAACAUACUUAAUACGUAAGAUGGGACGUUUAGUAAGAAAUGAUUUAGCACAAAAGCAACAAGAACCGAAACCCUAUAGCCAACAAAACAUAAACAAGUUACAACCACCAAAUUAUGGUGAUAAAUUCGAACCAGAUGAACAAAAAUAUUUAUAUGAAUUAUAUUUCUUGGCUACGAAACAGUCAUUACUAGACUUAUACCGAUCAAACCAAAGAUCAAUACCUUUACAACAAGAAUUAGUUCAACAAGUGAAACAAUUAGCUGAUCAACAAUUCAUUGAUGAUGGUUUUUCAGAAAAGAAUAUCGUUAUUUUUAAAAAAAAUUAA